AUGGUCAAGGUCCUGUGGCCCUGUGCGACCCUAUUUUCACCCAUAAACAACGGAACCGGCGGCUUGUUGCAGCCCACGCCCCUUCUAGCGGCCAAUGCAAGCGCCAACCAUGCCAACAACAAUCAGUCCCUGUUGCUGGGUCAGGGCAAGCAGCAGCCGCCGACUGCAGCGGCGAACGUCGGUACAACCUGGAAAAACGCCGGCAACAUCAACAUCAACCUGGACAAUCUGCUCGGCAACGGCGCCAAAGGCGGCGGUCGAGGUGGUGGUGGUUCCGGUGGAGGCGCAGCCGGUUCGAGCGCACUUUCGAUGAAUCAGCUAAAGAGCAUCAACUCGAGUCCGGUGCACCAACCGGCAACACCGUUGAGCCCCCAGUCACCGUAUGGUGCCGGUAUGGCAAUGCCGGCCAGUUUUAUGAUGGCUCCCGGUCAGCAGCAGCAGCGGCAACCCCCCGUGGGGAUGAUGAUGGGUGGUGGUGGCAGCGGCGGUGGCGUCGGCGGCAUCGGUGGAGGUGUCUUUCUGAAUGGCAAUAGUAGCAACUCUUCCACAUCCGCCGGGGGUGGCGCUGGUUUUGGGGCAUUCAACGCGUUUCAAUGA